AUGGUGUUCAUUGUGAAGCUGCCGCCGCGCAACGCGGCAGAGAAGACGCCGUCGGGAGUGGAAUCUGCGCAGGAUGCGGUAUCUAACCCACAUACGCCGGAGCAGAAAUCUGUGCCGCGGGCUUCGCACACGCCCAAGCAGCACACGCGCACGGCGCCAACAACACCAUCGACAGCACACGUCGAUGUACUGCUUGCGCCGUCUGUGCUGCAGCACAAGUACGUGCGUGGCGUAGACAAAUCGUCGAUUGUGGAGCGCCCGGAACGGAUUCGCGCGGCUCUACUUGGCAUCGCCGGUGCGUUUGGAAUGGGCAUGGACGAAACGACGCACGAUCCAAGCACGCUAGACGACCUUGCCGACAUUCUGUCAGGUAUGCGCGUGCAGGAGGGGGGUGCACAGGAACGUAUGCGUGUGUUCACAACGCAGUGUUCGCUUGAUUUGGAUGCGCCAUCGGAAGCGCUGCGGCUUGUACAUGCCCACGCCGACGAGCCCGCAACCUAUUCGCUCGCCACCGCGUACAAUGGCGAGGAAAUGCAUGUCCCACACACGCACACGAGCCGUGUAGCUGCGCUUGCAGCGCGAGCUCCAAGCGUGCCGCCAGGUACGGUGCAAAGACGCCAUUGCGUCUCGAAUGCCUUUUCCGAUAUGUCGUCCGACGACGGCGAGGGCGACAAGCGCAUGCAUCCUUCCGAAGUGCCUGCGGAGCUGCCCCAAGGCGAUUUGUAUUUGUGUGGUCCUCACGCAGAAGGCAUGGAUGGCGGCUCACGCACCGCGAUUGCUCACGCGCUCGGCGCCUCGACAGAAGCGGUCGAUCGCGUGGUCGCAGCCGCUUGCUCGAGCGUGACGACGUCGACACAGAUUCGCCCAGCACAAGCGACGCUCUUGCCGACGCUGCAGCAGCCCGAUGCCGUUGCGCAUAUUCCCGCCAAGCGUGCGUUUGUCCUUUCGCGUCCCCCUGGUCACCACUGCAGCGGAAACGAGCCGCAGGGCUUUUGUUGGGUGAACAAUGCCGCAGUGGCUGCCGCGCAUGGCUACAUUGAGCAUGGAAUUGACCGUGUGGUGGUGCUGGACAUUGACUUGCACCACGGUAAUGGGACGCAGACGCUGGCGUGGCGAAUGAAUGCAGACGCUGCGUUGCACGACGCGGACAGAAACGCGCGACUUGCAGCGCUCGGCAAUGCAUCGCGCACGAGCCGUGGCAGUGCACGUACCGCGGCGCGCGCUGCUGAAAUGCAAGGUGCGUGGGUGCGAGAGCAGGCCGAGGAACAGCUUGUGGGCAAGCGUGGCUUGCGCGUGUUUUAUGGCUCGGUGCACGAUAUCGAGAGUUUUCCAUGCGAGAAUGGUGACGUGGAGAUGAUUCGGAACGCGAGUGUGUGCUUGGAUGGCGCGCACGAUCAGUGGAUAUGGAAUGUGCACCUGGACAAGCACGACGACGACGCUGAGUUUGACGCGGCGUAUACUACAAAAUACGCGCCCUUGUUUGAUCAUGCGCGUCGCUUCGUGCGAGAUACACUGGCGUUCCCUUCACGGACGUUGGUCGUGAUUUCAUGCGGCUUUGAUGCGUGCACGCACGAGUAUCCCGGCAUGCAGCGCCACGGAAAGCAUGUUCCACCUGCAUUCUACGCACGCUUUGCACGCGACGCGGCAAACCUCGCCGACGAGGUGGCCCAAGGGAAGCUUGUGUCCUUAUUGGAAGGCGGCUACUCGGACCGUGCGUUGGCGAGCGGUGCAUUGGCGCAUAUCGGCGGACUUGCCCACGAGCCAUGGGCGUAUGCGACGAAUACAUGGAGUCUGGAGCACUUGGCGCUUUUGGAGCGUAUGGCGAAACGCGUGCUUGCCGCAGCAGCAGCGGCAGCCACCGCAAGCGUCAGCAUGCGGCGGCCUGCGAGCUUUCCACGUUGGGUGGUCCGUGCGUCGGAGUACUUUGCUGCGUUCCAGCGCGCCUGCCAUAUCACGGCGAACCCACUCGAGGUCCACGACGUGGUUUCUGCGCCGAGAAGCACCACAAAAGGAGUGCUGCGUGGGCUGGCUGAUUUGAGUGUGACUGAUACGCCGUCCAAGUCCGCCAGCGGCCAUGCGCUCAGAGACAGGACUAUUUUGCGCACGCGGAGCCAACUAAAUCUGGCGUAUGCCGAUGCAACGCCUGUGCGUGCGCGCAGAGGGCCACGUCCGGCGCAGUACCGCGUUGCUAGUAUACCCUCCAGCCCAGAGACGCCGAAAAUUUCGGAUCCUUCUGUGCUUCUGCCUGGUGCAUUGGUCGUAGAGAGCGUGCCUUCCACGCCACGCAAAGAGUUGGUUGUGAAGGAAAGCAGCGCUAACUGA